GAAGCAAGAUGCCAGCAGACUGUGAAUACUAUAUAGCUUGUCAAGUCCGAGCGUAGAUCCAUUUCUUUUACUACUUCUCUCUUUUUCCCCCUCUCUCUUCCUCAAUCAACCUCCAAUCCAUCAUUCACCUCUUUGUCAACGCUUCCCAAAUCAACCACCGCCAAAAUGUCUGAAAAGGUCCCCGUCCUCACCUCCAACGCCCCCAAGCCCCUCCCCGGCAUCUACAGCCAGGCCAUCAAGGCCGCCGGCCUCGUCUUUGUCUCUGGCGCCGUGCCCAUGGACCCCGUUACCAUGGAGCUCAUUCCCGGUGACAUCCAGGCUCACACUCAUCAAUGCAUCAAGAACCUGUCUGCCAUUCUCGAGGCCGCCGGCACCUCGCUCGACAAGGUCGUCAAGGUCAACGUCUUCCUGUCCGACAUGGCCGACUUUGCCAAGAUGAACGAGGUCUACAGCACCUACUGGGGCGAUGUCAAGCCCUGCCGAACAUGUGUCGCCGUCAAGACUCUGCCCCUAAACACCGACGUCGAGAUUGAGUGCACUGCUCUUCUGUAGAUGAUAACAUGCAUAUUGAAAGAUACCAAUAAAAAGGCGAAAAUGGGAAUUAGCAUAGAGGAAAUAGCUCAAUUAUGAAUAAAAUAAAAACUUUGGGCGUAACAA